GCAGCGCUCACCUUCGACGGGGGGACGGACGAUGGCGCGCGGGAUGACGAUGACGCGCGUGCUGGCGCUGCUGGCGGCGCUGCUGCUGGUGACCAUUUGGUCGGGCAUUGACGUGGAGGCGGCCAAGAAGGGCCGCAAGGGCAAGGACGCGCCGCUUAAGGGCGCGGAGAAGCUGGCGCAGCUGCAGGGCCGCGUGCGCGACGGCGUGGUGCCCUUCACGAGCGAGCUGUUCGCGCGCUACGCGGCGCGGCCCGACCGGCCGUACCACCUGGUGCUGCUGUUCACGGCUACGGCCGCCAAGUACAAGUGCGAGACGUGCGCGCAGGUGGCGCCCGAGUUCGAGACGCUGGGCGAGAGCUACGAGGCCGCCAAGCAGGUCAAGGUGGACACGCGCGACGGCCUCGAGGUCUUCUUCGGCGUCGUGGACUUCGAGACCAACCAGGAGGCCUUCGGCAUGUACGAGUUCACCUCGGCGCCCCACGUCGUGUACAUCGCGCCCGACCGCUCCAUCGACGCGGGCGACCGCACGCCCAGGAAGGCCAAGAUGGAGCCGCAGAACCUCUACAACGUCUACUCGCAGGGCAAGGAGGCCGAGGCCAUGGCCACGUUCGUCAAGCAGCGCACGGGCUUCGACUUCGUGAUCCAGCGCUCCAAGACCUUCCUCUACGUGCUGCUGGCUGCGGCGCUGGCCUCCACGGCCGUCACGGCCAAGCUCGUGCUGACCCACCUGGACUUCGUCAUGGCCAAGCUGCGCCGCAAGCAGCUCUGGAUGACGGUGUCGCUGCUGUUCUACGGGCUCUCGGUCUCGGGCAUGGUCUACUGCAUCAUCCGCAACCCGCCGCCCUACUCGGCCGACCGCAAGGGCAACAUCCAGUACUUCCACCCGCAGGGCCGUCAGCAGUUCGUGUACGAGGGCCUGAUCGUGGGCGGCUACGACGUGGCCGCCGCCAUCUUCAUGAUCCUGCUCUCGCAGUGGGCGCUGUACGUGCGCAACCCGGCCGUGCGCUACGUGUCCAUCGUCGGCUGCGCGCUCGGCUUCUUCUUCAUGUACCGCCAGAUGACGGACGCCUACAAGUUCAAGAACCGCUGGUACACGGGCUGGAUGGGCUUCUAGACCCGCGGCCGUCGCGCGCGCUGGCUGCAGCAGUCUCAAGCUGACUGCAAGAUUCAAUGCAAUCGCAGCCAUUUUGCUGUUGACAAGGAGCGAGGAGACAAGAGUUAAGAGACUGGGUGCAGCAUAUUGCUGUCGCUUCGGGCUCGCAUUGAACAAGUUGUCGCCA